UCCGCCUGUCCCCUGCCGGCCGCUGGAUCACGUGACUCUAUAAAGCGGGUUGCCGCCUCGGGUCGGGCACAGCUGAGUAGAGUGGAGCGAUGGCGGCGGCAGCAGCGGGUCCCGGGAGAGAGCUGGACCUCCCUCCGCGGAAGGAGGGUACAAGUUCAGAUCAAAUCCUUCAGACAGGAACCAUUCUUCUCAAAAGCUUUAUCAGGGAUCGGGUACAAUGCUGUGGAGAUUCAGAACGCAUUGAGGUGACAAUGGCAGAGCUUGAAGACCCAGAGGCUCAGGCUUGUAAUCCCAACACCAAGCGGCUAAGUGAGUGCCUGCGCCGGAUCGGAGACGAGCUGGAUGGAAACCUAGAGCUACAGAGGAUGAUAGAACAAGUUCAGAUGUAUCCGCCCAAGGAGGUUUUCUUUCGAGUGGCUGCUGAGAUGUUCUCAGAUGGUGCUUUUAACUGGGGCCGUGUGGUGGCAUUGUUUUAUUUUGCAUGCAAGUUGGUCCUCAAGGUAGUGUGCACUAAAUUACCAGAACUCCUAAGGACUGUCAUCAGCUGGACUAUGGAAUAUAUCCAGGAACAUGUCCUGACCUGGAUCCAAGCCCAGGGGGGAUGGGAAGGCCUCCUCUCCUUUUUUGGCACCCCCACCUGGCAAACCAUUGCUGUCUUUGCUGCUGGGGUCUUGACUGCCUCACUGACCUUCUGGAAAAUGUCUUAAUCCUCGGCCCCCUCCAGAAGGAGGAUCUUUUCAUGACAAGGACAAGUGGAGGCGGGGCAGGUUCCCCCCAUUUCCAAGAAAGAAAAUGUGCUGGGCUUCCUUUUUGGGCCUGUGCGGAGAAGCUUUUUAAAACAAAUGCUGUUGCUUGUAUUUGGUGCCUUUUUUUCAAAAAAAAGUGCACACUUUUUUGUGUUGACGAGUGUGUACUUCUCACUUUGCUUUCUCCAGUCGGCCUCUUGGGCUUAGAGGUCUGAAGACAUUAAGGUUCCCUAGUUUUGAAACGAUGAUGGGGAACAAGGCGAAGGAUGCCAGUGGCUUGUUCUCUUUGCCAGCAGCUUGUGAGAACUGCUGAACGUUUAUACUGUUUUUUUGGGAAGACAAAUCCUGGCUCUUCUUUUGCCAACAAUCAUAGCAAUGAUUUGUCCAGUAUCCUUAGAUUAGAUGUUUUCUAAGGGAUCCAUGGAAACAAGUUUUGAUAUUUUAUGUUUUCUUUUCUUUGAACAGAAACUUAAUUUUGGCAAUACCCUGAGAGAAAACCAGGUUCUCUCUUUACUAAACUUGACAUAUUAGAAUAGAUUACACUUCAGCUGGUGAAUCUACUUUUUUUUUUAAGCAGAUCACUGAUCUAGUCACGAUCAAAGUGGAAGAAACAUUUAACAGAGUAUUUUGCAGCAACUGAGACAUACAGGACUUUUGGGGUGACUUUUUAAAAAGGAAUUGUACUGUGCUGGACAAUGACAAUUGGAAGCCACGCUUCAUUCUGCCAGAUUUGUGUUUCUCUAUAGAAAUGCUCUGUGGGGCUCUAAAUAGAAACAUGUUCUAAUCUAAAUGGGUCCAUCCCCAGUCAGAAAAGGUGAGAAAAAUGCUUUAUAAAAGCAACAGGUCUCCAAGUGGAACACAGAAGACAUUGCAAGAGAGAGUAACUGGCUGGAAGAUUCCUUCGCUGCAUAAAGAAGUUUACUACUUCAUUCUGAAAAUGGAAAAUAACUUUCCAUUUGCCUUGGCGAUCUGAGUCGGGAAAUGGAGAAGGGAGAAUGCAAAGGGUUUCUGAGCUAUUUAUUCCACAAGAGAUUUGUUUCAUUGCUUGCUUCUUCCCCAUUUCUAUAUUUUACCUCAGCCUUCCCCAACCUCGUGACCUCCAGAAGUUUCCCAGAUAACAGGCUGGCUGGGAAGUCUGGAAGUUGCAGCCUCAAUCCAUUUGGAGGGGGGCAAGUUGAGGAACCCUGUCGAGAGGAAUCACCCUUGGGGUUUCUUAGUCUUUAGACUCAGCCACAUUAAAAAAACUCCAGGAAGUCCAGCAAGCCACACUCUCUUCUACCAUGGCCUAGUACAUUAUAUCUCAUUAUAGUUGUAAUAACAGUUGGGACAUUU